GCCUGUCCUUAUUCCUCAUUCACGCUGUACUGUACCUUGCAUGUAAGUUUGUUAUUCGCACAUAAUCCCUGACUUUAGAUAGCUCCGCGAUGCUCCUCUGGUCAUCCACAAGAUAACUGCGAGGUCAGGAACGUCAAGUGAUUGUUCGGACCAUGGGUAGAAAUGCAUGUCGAACACUCGUAGGCGAUUGCCAAUCUCGCAAUUGUGAACAGAGACUUGCAAGAAACGUGCUGGCGUCUUUUAUCCGAAGCAAUAAUUAAUACCUAUGCAUCAUCUUCAGUAUCAUGGAAUGCUGCCCUGAACACUGCAGGCAAGCAGGAGCGGAGAACUACCCUACACGCUCUCCGUCCUGGAUUUAUUGUCUCCUGUUGUGGCGGAAGAGCUCCUGGCAUUUUCGCUGCUAUUCUCGCUUUCUUAAACUCCCGUGUGCCUGUGCCGAUAUCGGUAUCUUUUCUGAAGCUUUGAAGAUGUGAAAACUUUUUACCAGCCGUUGGAUCAUUAUCUGCUCAAGACAAUUGUCUACAGUUGAUUACCUAAUCGCCAGGCACCAUGUAUUAUUCUGCGCUUGCUUGGAGACGUGAACGAGGUGCGAAGAGUUUCAGCAUGCACAGCGUCAAGACAAUGGGCGGUUACUCAUUGGAUCAUGUUGGCACGACAUGGCGAUUACUAAGUUCGCACAGGUCGGAGAAGGAUAUUAAUAUCCCUACCCCCAAGGUAUUCCCGCCGAAGCACGGCAAUCAACCAGUCUAAUUGUUGUCUGGCCUGUGGGCUUGAGAAGCGACAAUAGUACCCAAGUUGCCCUCUGCAGUGCAUGAACAGUAUGAGCUACUCCCGCGGGCCCGCCGUCACAUCGACCAUCCCGUCCUUUUUGUCUGUUUGCAAGAACAUGCGGGUCGUCAACCUAAAACCACAUUCUCUUCUCAUGGUUCCAAGCUGAUCUUCCUGCACGAACCUGGUCUUUUGUCUCUUUCGUUGCUCAUGAUUCCGUCGUGAGGGUAUAAGAGUUGACGACUUUCAGUCUCUGAUGUCUCCCCAGAAAGUGUCUUCAUAGCUCAGUGACCUCUGCGUCUCGUCUAUCUUCUAAUCCGUACCGGCGAUACAUUAUCUACUCAAACGCAGACAUGGAUUCUUUUACGGGCUUCAUCUUCUCGAGUCCAAGCGCCGAGGCACCCUCAAACCCACCAGUGGAUGAGGAACGUGCAUCUUCCAGCAAUACGUUCUGCGUCAUUGCAUGAACGCACUAUUAUACACAUCGUGCACGCUUCAUCUACGAUUUUCUCUUAAAACACAAUAUACGAAUUUGGCAAUGUUGCACAUGCCUUGCAGCGGAGCCAACCCCACACUCUACCCGAUUCUUGGAUUAUCCCACCGUCCCGCAUCAUCAUGAUUUAUGGUCGAUAAAAUUAUUCUGUCACGGCAUUUCAUCCUCCUCCGCACGUCAACAAGUUUCCCUGUAUCGUCUCUUCGCAUGCUCUCGCCUGGUCUCGGACCUGCGUUCUGGACAAAGCCUUCGUACCGUUGUUACAUCGCUCGAUCGGUGGUGGUUUCAUGUUCCCGUCUUUACCUGUUUAUAUUCGUUCCUGCCUGUCUGAGUGUCUCAACUCCUAUUUCGCGCGCCACAUUGCUAUUAGGUCCGAUUGUUUUAUUAUUGCUCUCCACCACACGGUUUGAUGUGAACUGUUAUUCUUAUUUCGUUGGAUUGUUUGGGGAUUUGGAAAUACACAGAUUUGUAUGUCUCGCAUAUGUAGGGCGCUGAUUUGCGGCAUGCAUUUGACGAAAGAAUCAUAUUUUACCCAACGGUUCUUCGCUUCGCAAUUAAGCUAUGCAGUUGCAGUUGCGUUUGUUAAGGGUCGCUAAAUCUCGAUCAUUGCCCCUCAGCAGACGGCCGCAAGCCGAGACCCACUCCUAUAUCUUACGUCAUUCUGUCCGACAUCCGUUCCCGUUCCUCAAUCUCACCGCUCCAGACGCGCUCAACGUGAAAGCUCUCUCCUAUCCAGACGACACGCCUAGCCCGACCUUGACGUUCCAUCUUUCUUGCUCGCUCGGAUAGAAUCCGUAUUUAAUCCAUUCAGUAUACGUACCUUUUGGCUUGAAAUUCCACAGUGUCGCAGGCACGCACCUUGAACGAAGCGUAACCCGUGCUGCAGGAAGGCGAGCCCACGGACCAUCGAUUCAUUUUGAAAUAUUAGUGGGACCAGUGACCAGUGACCCAUCGGCGGGAACGGACUUCGGGAGCUGGAAGCCACUGGGAGCUUCGUCGAUCGGACUAGACCGGCUUGUGUCCUCGCCGAGGAGCUUAGGAGUUAUACACUCAUAUUAUUACUCCCAGACACCCCCUUACCAGCAGUCAAGCCCAUUCUGAGCGCUGUCCUCACCAGCCUUCCUUCCUGCCAGGCCUUGUCUGUAAUUCCUUGUCUCAAUUAUUUAACCGUCCACCAACAGACGGCGCAGCUUCUCUCCACCGAUCAGCGCACCGAUUGUCACGGGGACGCGCAUCAUGAGCACUAGCUUCUCCCAGCCGGAAAUGAGCAGCUUCGAUCUGCAAUUUGCUCACGCUACCUCACGAGCACCAUCCAUCGUGUCGCUCCGCCUUCCACAUUCCACUGCGCCAGCAACCGCAGCGUCCUCCAUGCUCACUGUCUGUCCCGCAGAGGAUGAAAAGGAUUUGGAGGCUAUGUCGCCAGGUCCAUCUGCAGAGGGCGAUGACACUGCAGACAUCCGGGAUGACAGCGCACCGUCCGCUGUAGUGCCGCAGGUCGCUCUCACGUUUCUACUCGUCACGGGGAACAGACGCACGAUGUCCUUCGAUCCGGAGACCACUAUAGGGCGGGUGAAGGAAUUGGUCUGGAAUGCUUGGCCCAGCGACUGGCAAGAUGAAAAGCCGCCGGCACCCAAUUUCCUCCGGAUAUUGUACCUGGGAAAGAUCCUUCAAAACGAGGACACGCUGACCAGUCUCUCACUUCCUACACUGCCGCCGGCAACUGUCUCUAUCCCGACUUCUCCACAAAUGCAACUCUCUCCUGCGACCAUUGUUCAUCUCUCCAUCCGGCCAUAUGCUCCUCCGACAGAAGAUGAAGCCUUGCUAAAGAAGAAUCUCCGUGCCGCUCGACGUGCACUUUCACGAUCUGCCAGUACCGCGCAACCACCACCACAAUCAGGUACUAUAAACACUACGGAAGAUGGGGCUACAGUAGGCGGAUGCUGCGGGUGCAUCAUCUGCUGAUCUCUUUGUCUUCGGAGAAAAUGUGUCUGUGGUCUGGAAUUGGAGAGGUUUUGUCGUCGUGUUCUCACUUUUUGGUCACGUGUAUUUACGAUGCGCUCUGCGUUACUCUGCUUUCGGUGUGUUGUGCACUUUGUCUUUUAUGUUUCUGGGAUCCAGUCUUCUGACGUUUUUCUUGGUUUAUGGAGCAGAACUCAUGUAUGUACUACACUAGGCGGAUCCCAUGCACAAUGUGCAUGCUAAUAUCUGAUUCCGAUUCUUCAUGCAGAAAUGCCCUCCCUUUAUAUCCUGCAUCAGUUUACCGUCAUUCCUGCUCCAUCGGUUUCCCCUGUGUCCUAUGCUACGAAACUUUACGAACACAUACUCCCUUCACUCUCUUCACUCGCGCAAUUGAUCCUCUGCAUCGCUCUGUUUCCUUUGUUUUCAGUUCAUUUAGCCC